AUUCAUAAAUAUAAGUAAGUUCGUAGGGCCUCUUUCACUUUCUUCAGUUGAUUUCAAUGUUCGCCAUUAACUUAACGAACACGAAUAGUGUGAAAUACUGUAGAUAGGUAUGCUAUGUGUAUGUUUUACUUUUAAUGUUGACAAAAUAGAUAGGUGUCUGCUGAACAUUUUAAAACAAAAUAAGUCGUAAUUUCAGUGAUCUUAGCAGCUUCGUACAGUUCAGAUAACAUCGAGUGCUCUUUCCUGAAAAUAUGGCGGCAGAAGUCACUGAUGCCUCUCAGCUUGUGGUUGAAGUUGAGGAACUUGAAGACAAAACGGAUGCCAAACCUGACCGAAGAGGAAGAUUUCUCCUAUUUGGAUUUAAGAAGAAUAAGGAUGGCCAGACGCGGGAGCAGGACUACUCUUCUGAAAGCCAUUACAGAAUCGUUUCACCAACAUUCCAGUAUAAGAUGAGCCACCAGCGAGUGGGCAAGUGCAUCAUCAUCAACAACAAGAACUUUGACGAAAAGACAGGGAUGAAUGUACGCAAUGGCACGGAUCGAGACGCAGGCGAGUUGUUUAAGUGCUUUAAGAGCCUGGGCUUUGACGUGUGCAUCUACAACGACCAGACGUGUGAGAAGAUGGAGCGUCUUCUCAGAGAGGCCUCGGAGGAGGACCACAGUGAAAGCUCCUGCUUUGCCUGCAUCCUGCUGAGUCAUGGUGAGGAGGGUAUGAUCUAUGGCACUGACGGAGCCAUGCCCAUCAAAAACAUGACCUCGCUGUUCAGGGGUGACAUGUGCAAGAGUUUAGUCGGAAAGCCCAAACUCUUCUUCAUCCAGGCUUGUCGGGGUUCAGAGUUUGAUGAUGGCAUACAAACAGAUUCUGGGCCUCCCAAUGACACCCUGGAAACUGAUGCAAAUCCCAGGCACAAGAUUCCUGUUGAGGCAGAUUUCCUUUAUGCCUACUCCACUGUGCCAGGGUACUACUCAUGGAGGAACCCUGGGCGUGGCUCAUGGUUUGUCCAGGCACUGUGCAACGUGCUCAACGAGUUUGGCAAGCAGCUGGAGAUCAUGCAGAUCCUCACACGUGUCAACUACAUGGUGGCCACCAGUUUUGAGUCCUGGUCUGAGGACCCACGCUUCAGUGAGAAGAAGCAGAUCCCCUGCGUGGUUUCCAUGCUGACCAAGGAGCUUUAUUUCAACUGACAGGCAAUGACCACCAUAGGCCGACUAGCUUAUAGACUGACAAGACUGACUAAUUCACGCACUGACCGAGUGGUCGACAAAUUCAGGGAUGAUUUAGGCCCAGUGGGAUGCUGCGCCGUUUGGGCGAGAAUGCCGUUUUGCACGUGUAACAUAGCUGGGCACAAAACAAGCUCUCCAAAUGCAUUUCUACAGUGGCACUUCUGUGUUCAUGUGUUGGUGGUGAUACCUGCCUCUUCUUCAGGUUAUUCCUAGGAAUAAUGAUGUCACAUUUGAUCUGAUCUUUGUCGACAGGCAGUGUGAAAUAUCCAUGUUUUAUUACCAUCCCGGGAAAUUUGCUGCCAUUAUUGUAGGGUUGUCUAAAGUAUACGGGACGGAAGCAGUAAUAUCUGAAAAUCUGUCAUAUCAAAAAUGGUCUCGUUUAUUUUCCAGCUUGUCCAAAUUUGAACAUGAGCACACUGGCAUUUGUCUGGCCAAGAUUCCAGCUAACGGUAUUUGUGCCUCAUGGCUUUUUUUAGGUUUGGGUGGAAGGAGGCAUUUCUUGACAUGAAGAGGUAGUUUUCCACAAACACUCUUAGAAUGUUUAUGAAGCAAUAUACAUGAGUGUUCUUCUAAAACAUUCUACAAGUGUUGAUUAUUUGCUGAUGACGCUAUCCCACAACCACACAGAACCAGAUAAAACAUUCCCUUAUGCAGGAUCCUGGUUGGGGUGGAGAGCCAUGUCUCAUUACGUCAUGCUGUGAAAGGACAUCAGACUGUUGGACAGGAUUUGCUUAUUAUAGGAGCAUGAUUGUUUUCUCAGGAUGUACGCUGGUCAGUGCAAAAUAAAAUAGCUUACCUUAUCAAGGCAAUAUGCUGAAUUUAAAUGGAUAGUGGCUGGAAAGUGAAUGAUUUCAUUUUUGGCUAUUUGUCUUAAAUGUUAUUAAUAUAAUUUCAGUCCUCAGUAGGGUUUAAGUCUUACUUAAAGAGCAACCACAUGUUAUGUGAUGCUCAUGUAACAGUGGUACAGUGUCACAUACGAAUAAUUUGACUAUGAUACUGAACAGAACGCACUUCCAGAAGUGACUGUUAAAGAUUACAUUUUACUGUCAUCCUCAGGUUUCUUUGUGAGUGACAUUUACACUCUGUGGAUUUUUCCAGUUUCACUGACACAAUUGCCAGGAAACACAAUCUGUUGCAUGACAUCCACAAUAGCAAAACAUUUUAUGUUGGGGUUUUAGUCGAGGGCACAGGAAACGUUCCAUCAUAACACACACAAGGAGGACAUGAAAUGUUUCCAGUUCGUGUGUACAUACAUUUAUUCACCAAGUUGAAGAUGAAGUUGACGGUAAAACAAAAACAACUUUUAAAGAUUAUUCAAACUUUAACCACUUGAGUCAAUGUAUUUACAUAUUAUCAAUAUGGGAUUGUUAUCAAUGUAUUUUUUUAUCAAUGGCCUUGGUUUAUUGAACUUGUCUUAUGAAUGAUCCCUUUAUGUUGACCUACAAAUAUUGUUGAGUUGGAAGUAAAAUGGCAUAUGCCUGAAUUUGUUUGUUAAAAUUAAGGACAUUCAUGUGAUAAGGGAAUUAAAUCUGGUCUUAAAGCACAAAUAACCACAUAGUUUCACUGUAUAUCAGUUCGGUAGUUCGUCACAGACAGCAACCACAGUUAAAGGCACCUUGCGUUGUCCUACAAUUUUUUCGAUGAAAUGGAUUAACCAUUUUACAUGUUUAUAAAAAUGAAAUUUGCAAAAACUUGAAAUGUUUGACAAUGUAUACAAAUGAAACAAAAAUGUAUGUAAAAUGGUAUUCUCAUGGCUUUUUGUACACCCUUUGAGUGCCAAAUAUCCACAUUCAUUUGAUAAUUGAUACCUUCCAAUGCCAGUGCUUUGGUGCCCUUCAAAAUCACACAUACAUAGAUUUAAGGUUGUCAUUGCAUAUUCACUGCAUGUUUGUCUCAAAGUCAGAAAUACUAUUAUCUAUCAUCUGCAGAGGCAGCUAUUACUGGUGGUUACAAGUCUUAUCAUUCACAAUUCAUUUGUCCCAAUUUCCACACUGCGUCUUUCCAGUGUUUCUGCAAUGGUCCAGAGCAAUUUACAAAAUUGCUAGUAGUUUUAGGAAAACAUUCAGUGCUAGCUUGAAUUUCUUUUUUCUUUAUCCAGUCUUUGUUUUUUUUCCAUCAGUCAUAUUCUUUUUUUUUUUUUUUACAUGAUUACACAAUAUUUCUUUAAGCAACAGUUAUGAGCUGUAUGCUAGUGGUCGAGUAGAAAUGUUACCCAUUCUACACAUACCUGUAAAUCACACAGAUAGCACUCUUGAAUCCUCUCGAUUCAUGAAUCUCUUAGUGAUGUAGUGCUCAAUCUGUACUGAAAGGAGUGUUUGCUCCACUUGUUUUGGAAUGGAAUUUAAGGGAAAAAAAUAUUUUUAGAAGUAAAAUGUUUUUAUGCUUUCCAGUGUUAUGCUAUUGUCCUCAGGAAUAUAUUUGAAAAGAUUUGGAAACAUUCAAUUAUAUAGUAUAGGGAGACAAAUUCCCCAAAUUAAUAUUGUGAAUUUAUUGACUAUUGCCAUAAUCUACAGCUCCUUUUGAAUCUGGGGCAAAAAAAUGUUUUAGUUAAAUCACAUCAAAGAAUGCCUAUGUAAACACUAUUUUAUUGUAUUAAA